CGGGGCCGGGGAGGGCAGGGCCGCCCGGAAGUCCUGACCUGCAGGUGGCGCCGGCCGGAGGCUGGGGCGUUGCUGCCACCAGUGGGCGGGGCAGCGGGGCAGCGGGGCGGGGGCACCCUCACCUGUCCGUGUGUGGGGAUCAGCCUGGGCUCCGUGGCCUCCGCUUGCACCGGACGUGGACCCAGGCUACCGGUGGGCAAGAUAGAGGACUGAGCCCAGGCACGCACGGCUGGCCAGGUGGGAUCCCCACCCCCGCUCAGCCUUCUUUCUGCAUGGAUGCUGAAGGACCAGGCUCACUUGAAGUUCUGAGUUUGAGCAGUAAGGUGGAAACAAAGAAACCAAUGGAAACAAAGAAACAAGUCAUUGUGGCAAAGCUCCCCACCACAGAGAAGCUGCCCUGAGUGGAAGGGAGGGUGUGGGCAUGCCCAUUUGUUUCGUGUCUCCCAGUGCUCUUCGCUUUCUUAUUGCAGACCUGCAUGGUUACAACAAAAUGAUCUGCAAAACUGAAAAUAUUUACUCUCUGGCUUUUACAGAAAAGGCUGACCAGCCUCUGGUUCCCGUACCGGUCAACUGAUUGGAGUACCUUUCCAGUUUGGAAACAUCUGGGCAGGCCCAGCUGGUAAGUUUACUUUUCUACUUUGACCAAGCAAACUGAAGCCAACAGAAGAGAACUUUCACCAGCAACUCCCAGCACAUCCGCUCGCCUUCUGAUGUCUGUGACCUCACUCUCGCUGCCCCACCUCUUAUUACAGAUUGAACAGGAUCCAGGGGGAAGUACCAAGCCUGUCCCAUCGGCCAUCCUGUGUGUCAUGUCCUGUGACCCAGUGGAUGCUCAGCACCCUCCAGCUGAAGAAACAGAUUGCCUUAGGUACAUGAAAGGUGAGGACACCUACUAUCCCCAUGGAGCGCAGGUGGGGCUGGGAGUCUGCUGUUUGUACAGCCGGUGGGCUCGUGUUGCUUUGGGCAUCCCUGUGCCUGAAUUCCUGCAGUACACUCGGUGCCUGUUUCCUAAUCUGCAAAACUGGAAUGAUGUUAACCAUCCCGCAGUGCAUUCCAUGGUGCAUCCUCGCCUAGAAUUGAGUGGAAGCAAGUCCAUCUCAGAAGGGACAUACCUGAAGAGAAAUGGCUUUCCAGACUCUGAAGGGCAGAGAAAGCACCAGCCUGGGUUAGAGAAAGAGAACAGCAUCUCUGAGCCCGCCCUUGGUGACCUCACAGAGAUCACCCUAGUGGCCCAGGCUAGUGACCGGGAACAUGUACCUUCCUGCAGCCAACCCCAGACGUCCACUGAUGCAUCAUAUACUGGCAAAGAUCCUGGCCUGGGGGGGUGUUGGCCGCCGGAGAUUCGCCAGAUGUUGGACUCCAGCUUAACCACCGGAAGUGGGCAGGAUGUGCUGAGGGGGCGGAGGCAGCCGCCAAGGCAGCGACGGAGGGGGCUGUCCCUGGCCAGCCGGUCAAUUUGUUCCCAUCUCAACAUUUGCUGUCCCAGUUUCGCAGGACGCCCUUCUCCAGUUUAUCCUUCUCCUGGGAGGUGACAUUUUAGGUUAUUGGGUCCCAGAUUGCUGGCACACUCAUCCCUGUUCUCAAACAUCUUUUAAACUUGGGUGAAGUGAUAAGUUGGGGAAGAAGAUGAUUUACUGAAAGUCUCCCGAGAAGAGAUUCAGACUGAACAGCUUUGUGUCGGACUUUGGAAGACCGCUGGUGCCCAAGGGGUUCUCUGGCAGCACAAUGACGAAUCUAGGUCCCUCUUUCACUGCUACGUCAAUGAAGUGGACCGCAUGGACAAGGCCAAAGCUGGUAUCCCAACCAUAGCCCUUGACAGUGAUGUUCGGCUCCAGGAAGCCAUCAGAUGCAGCAGGUGGCCAGAGAAGGAGCCUAACGGGCUCAUGAAAUGUGACACCCCCAGCUUCAUCAACACGGACCAGAACUCUUCCUUUGGGGAAGAUGAUCUCCUGAUUUUGGAACCACCGAUUGUUCUAGAAAAUAAGCCAGUUGCCCAGACCUCACACAAAGACUUGAAUUGGAAAUGUGCUUUGUCAAGUGUUUCUCUGAAGAUGUGAAGUCUGUCUUUGUAUGGCAGGAAGUCCCCUUUCACAAAAUUGUAUGUGUUUGUGUCUGAGAGAGAGAAAUGGAGACAGACAGAAAGACGGAGACAGAAGAGAGCCCCCUCAGAAGAGAGCUAGUUAAGCACCCCAGACUGACGAAGACAGUGGAGAAUGCCUCUGAGUUUGGCACUGAUUGCCUGGAGAAUGCUGAAACCCAGGGAAGUGGGCAGCACAGACGUUUACUCAUUUAAUCCUGCCAACACAGUAGGAGAUAGAGUCUACAUAUUCCUCGCUACUUAAAAGAUCCCUGCCUUCUCUCUGCUCCUCCUGUCCAUGUCUCUCCCUCCACUUUUCCCCUUCUCCCCUCCUCCUCCCAUCUUCUCCGUCCCUCCCUUCCCCAACUUCUCUUGCAGAACACAGAGAGGAUAGCUGGCCCUCCUGCGCAUGCGCAGUCUGUGCCAGCUGGACCGAGGGUUGGAAGCUGCAACUCCGAGCCGGGGAUCGGCCCCAAAGGCUUCUCAGCUCUUUCGCCCGCUCAGUGGUGUGGGCGCUGCUCCCCGGGCUGAGAGCCUCCGGCUGUGAACCCCAGCUUCUCCUGUUGGAGUCGGGAAAAGGGAGCGUCAGUGCUGAGCGAGCUUCCGUCUCCUCCCUCAGUGUUUCUGCCCCAGUACGUUUUGGUUACUGAGACCCUCGAAUUCCCAUAUGAAUUGUAGCAGCAGCUAGUCAGUUUCUGCAGAGGAGACCGCAGGGAUUGUGAUCGAGACCACGUUGAAUAUACGGAUCGUUCUGGGGAGCACUGCCAUUCCAAAAGCGCUGUCUUCUGAUCCAGCAAUGUGCGUGGUUUGUCCAGGUGCCCUCACCUCCAGUAGCAUCCAUCCAGACACCGGAACUGACACUGGCCGUGCUCCGAACUGCCUCAGCCCUGAAGACACAACUGACAAAUAGAAGGGGACCACGCCCUGUUACAGCAGGUGCUCUCACUUUGUGGAUCCUUAUGUAACUGAGCGGUGUUAAUCAGGAUUGCCCGUUCUACAUUGUGUGGCGCUGCUGCGGUGUCUCCUAGUUACUUGUUUCUCUCGCUUUAUUCACUCAGGGGUAUAUCAUGGACGUCCUCCCACUCCAGACUCACCCGGCCCUUUCAGAUAGAUUGGAGGGGUCUCCUGAUGUGCGGGUGUCGUCUCUUGUCCACGGAAACAUUUGGUGCGAGACUGCUGUGGACAAGGCCCUGGACCACGGCGAAACGCCGGCUCCCUCAGCGCCCGCAGCUCGCCUUGAUUUACCGCAUCAUUGUCUUGAUGGUGGACAGUUAAGUUUUCUCCAUUUUCCACUGUCAGAAAGAAUGUUUGAGUUGCAUCCUUCUUGUACAGAACUUCCUGUGAUCUUGUAUGUGUAUUCCUUUAGUUAAGGCUUCUGGAAAUUUAGUCCCUGGAUGUGACAUUUACAUUCAUCACAGACUCCUUUCAAGUGACUAGAAAUUCCUUCUCCAUUGGGGAAUGAAAAAAUGCACAAUUACUUAUGUAACCAAUUCUCUAUCGCUGGAUAUGAUUUCACUUCAGUUUUUCUUCCCACCUUUGUAAACAGUGCUGUGUAAAUGCCCUGAUGGGUACAUCUUUUUGGACUGAUUUUUUUUUCCUAAAGGAAACGAUUCCUAGAAGUGGAGUUGAGUCAGUGUGUAUGUACGUUUUUCAGAGCUUACAAAUCCAUUGAUAUGUCAUCCUCUGAAAAAGUCGCUCAUGAUUUGUUCUCCCACAGAUGGACACUAGCUAGAUUAUCUUAAAAAUAUUUGCCAAUAUGAUAAGCAAAAGUGCUUUUUCAUUGUUUUUUUUUUGCAUUUGAUGACCAGUGAAGUUUUGAGCAUUUUUCACUCAUUAGUCAUUUGACUUUUUUAAAAUGAAUGAUUCCUUUUGUCCUUUGCCCACAUUUAAGUGAGGGAGCUUCUUGUUGCUUUGUGACAGCUUUUUGUAUGUUAUGAAAAUUAACUUCGUGAAUUCAUCAACAUGUAUCACAGAGCUUUUUCUUGUCAUUUCUUUCCUUUCAUUUUGUUCAGGAAGUUUUCUGAUUUUUGUUGUGGCUCAAACUAUUCUUAGGAUAGUAAAUGUCUUCCUUAUGGGUUUUAUCUUUGACAUUAUUCUUAGAAAUACUCUCUUAUAAUGGAAUAAAUCUCUUCUGUAGGUAUUUUUUAAUCUCUAAGAUGGAGAUUAUAAUAGUACAUGUUAUAGUGAGGAGAAGUUGAGUUAAUAAGAGCAAAGAGUUGUAUUUGCUGUUACUAGUACUUUUUAAUAUUUACAUCGCUAUCUGCAAUUUAUCUUGUGGUCAUUAUGACAGGAGUAGAAUUUAUUCUUUCCAGGUGAUUCUCUGUCCCAGGACAAUUAUCGAAUUCAAAAUUUUCUCUUUGAUUUGAAAUCCCACCUGUACAAAAUACUUACAUACACUAGAGUCUUUUUUGAGCUCAUGGUUCCCUUCUGUCAAUCUCCUUUCCUUACUCCAGCACCAUAUCUUACAUGUUGUAAAAAUUUAUUUAAUAACUGGCAGUCUGAUUUUUUUUGAUUCUUUUCUUCCAUCCCAAAUUUUCUUGUCAAGUAUUAUGACUUUAUUAUUCCUGAAGAAUUCCAAAAUAUUUUGUUCAAGUUAAAAAAAAUCAGAUUGGAAUUUUCAUGGGAUUUUUUAGUAAGUUUUGAAUUAUUCUUAGGAGAACUUACAUCUUUACAAAACUGCUUUUCUCCAUGCAAUAUGUUUAUGUCUCUACAUUCAUACCUCUUACUUUAACCCUCAGUACAGUCCUGAAGUUUCUCCAUUUAGAAUAUGGGCAUUAUUUUUGAAUUUAUUCCAGAUUAUUGUUUAUGUUUUUGUUAAUUUUGUAAGUGAGAAUUUUUUGCUAUUAUAUUUUUAAAUGUUUAAAACUGACAUUUAGAAAGGAAGAUUCGGUUUGUCAAUACUCACUUUGUAACUUGUCAUUUAAAAUUGUAAGUAUUAAGUACUUGUUCCAGAAUCCUUUCUUUUCUGUUUUUUAAAAUUUGUUUCCAAGAUUCUCAAAAUGUUCAUAGCUAAGUAGUAUAGGUGGGGACACAGAUGGAGAGAGGAAGUGUGGCUCACGAACAAACUGUGAGCAAUUUCAUGGCUGCCUUUAGGCUGGAGAAGCCACAGAAGAGCCCAGGUUAGACCAAGGGUGGCUUUGUAUGCACUUGAAAGCCAGCUUUCCUGCCUGUAUGGUGAAGCCUGGUGGGCGUGGCAGGUAGAUGAUCAAGGUCUGAUCAAGGUCAUUGGCUGCACAGAGCACUGUGUCUGUGAGAACUGGAGACCAUUACCAUGGGAAAUGCUUGGCGCCAGGAACACUGCAGGGGAGCUGGGGAGCCUGUGUGUUAAGGAUUUUCCAGCCCUGGGAGUGGGAAGAUGAGACUCUGCAUUCAGAUCUGAGUUUGAAUUCAUCCUCUCUUGUUUACUGGUCCUCUGACUUUUGUCAAGUUAUCUACCCGCUUUGAACUCCUGUUUUCUUGUCUCUCAAAACAGGAGAAUUACAGCCUGCUGCUAGAGUGUUUGAUCAGGGUAAAUGAUUUGUGUCUAUAAGAUGCCACGUACAGUCACAAUCUCAGUGAGAAAUGGGCUGUCGCCUCUUCUUCUGCAACUCAGUGCUCGAUAAGACAUCGGGGGAAAGCCAGUCCCUAAUUUGUAUGUGAUGCAAUGAGGAACAAAAUUAACGUCUUGCCUUUCCCUAGCAGGAUUCUUAUUUCUUUGCUUCAUUUACCUCUUUCCUCCUUUACUCUCCCCUUUCACCUCCUCCACCAAAAGAGACUGAGUCUGUCUCAGAACACUACAUUCAAAUUACUUUAAAUGUUGGCUCAUCCCCAUGAAAUUACAGUGAAAUUAAAAAUAAUCUGUACACGUCCCAGACAUGAUUAUAUUUGAUUUACACACACACACACACACACACACACACACACACACAAUCAGGCUACCUCCCAUUUGCUGAGGGAGAAGGACCACUUUUUCUGAGUUUUCAUUCACUGAGCGUGAGAGCAAAGUCUCUUAAGCAGAAAUUCGCCUGGCUUCUUGCAUGGUUUUUUAAAUUGGAUUUCUGCUUUGUGUCCACAGAAAUAGACUCCUAUUAGAAGAGGGGAAGUGGAGACAUAGAUAUUCUGCUGAGAUAUUGGUGUCAUCAUAUUUGAGUUGGAAAGGACUUACGACAGCAUAGAGUCGUACCUUUUUAUGGGAUCUGAGGAGGAGGAGAAAGGAACUCAGAUAGAGAUCCAGGAAGAUAUCCGACUGUGUUAAGAGAGGACAGACACAGUGACACGGGGAGCGAGGACACUUGCAGCAAAUGUAAGAAUGCCGGUGACUGAGUUAGAAGCAUGCUCCCAAGCUGUCCGUGUCCUUGCCAUUCAGAAGCGGACCCUGGAAGCUUCCAAAUUUCUCCAGAAUGCGUUCUACAUUCACUUUCGGCAGUUGGCCCGCCAUAUCUGCAGUUUCCACUUCAUGGAUCCAGAUGGCUGAUUGUAAAGGGACUCGAACAUCCUUGGAUAAUGGAAUCCAGGAUCGGGGGUUCCUGAAACCAACCCCUCGAGGAUACUAAGGGAUGACUCUACAUGUAGGAGUGAAAUUGCUGAGCCAUAUAACUCUAACCUUUUGAGGAAACAACAGACUUCUCCAAAGAAGCUGCACCAUUGUCCCUUUCCACUGGCCGCAUAUGAGAUACCCAGCUUUCCCUGCACCAUUUGUUGAAUAGACAAUUCUUUCCAUGGAGUGUUGUUGGCACCCUUGUGGAAAACUGACUGUAAAUAUAAGGAGACUGAGAAUUAAGUCUUCUCUCUUUGGGUGGAGCUCAUUAUCAAUGACGGGAAGUUGUAAGGAAAAAGAUAUUGAUUCAUCCUGAGAAAACAUUUUUCUGAGAGUCAGCAGUGAAGAAGGUGGACACUGAAGAAGGUGAUCAUUGUUCGAUUGAGACGAGCCCCGGGUUGUACGGAGUCAGCAUCCCUGUCCUGGACACAGCCAGUGCAGAGCUGCGUGAACCCAGAGUGGAUCGCUGGCCCUCCUGCGCAUGGGCAGUCGGUGCCAGCUGGACCGCGGGUUGGAAGCUCCAGCACCGAGCCGGGGAUCGGCCCCAAAGUCUUCUUAGCUCUGUCGACCGGACAAGCUCAGCGGCGUGGGCGCUGCUCCCUGGGCUGAGAGCCUCCGGCUGUAAAGCCCAGCUUCUGGUGGAGUCGGGAAAGUGGAUCCUCAGUGCUGAGCGAGCUUCUGUCUCCUCCCUCAGUGUUUCUGCCCCAGGGCCUGCAACAUGAGCAUCCCUGACUACGUGCAGUUUGCUGAGGACUAUGAGACUCUUCCCGUGGUGGUCAAACCAGUGGGGAUCAUCUCAGAGGAGAAUUUCUUUUGCAUCUAUAAGCGAACCUCCUUGGUGAGCCAGAUCAGCCCGUGCAGCUCCCAGGGCGCACUCUCUACGCACUACAGGCACCACUAUGCGCCCAAGAAUGGAUGGAGCUUCUUCCAGACACACCGCAUGGUUGUGGGCCUUGUCACCAUUACCGACUGCCUCUCGGCCAAGGCCUUCGAGAAGCUCCACGUGCAGAGGAGCUGUAUGGCAUCAUGCUUAAUGACUCUCAGCUCUUUGUCUUUGUGCUGCAUGGGGAGGUAAGCCAAGCAGCCGCGCACCGACGUGGCCUUCAAUCUAUGAGGACUGCAGGGUGGUGGAGAAGAGGAUCGAGGACUUCACUGAGUCACUCUUCAUCUUGCUCAAGUCCAAGUGGCUGGAUGGGGCCCCUGACAAGUCUGGGGACAAGAUCCCACUCCUCUGCAUGCCGUUUGAGAAGGAGGACUUCAUGGGACUGGACACAGACAGCAGGGCCCUGUGAUCUACAUGCCCGCACUCACCAUCUGCUCCUUGGAGAUGAGGUGUCAGGUUUAGGAGCCUGGGCACUGCUGAGGGCACAGCUGCCAGCACCGUGCUACACGGAGGCUGGCUCCGUUCACCUCACAUGUCACCUCCUGCUGAUCCACCAGGCGUCAGUCAAGCUGACGUCCACCACUGUCGGCCUUGUCGUUAGUUUGCGGUAGUGAGUCUCCAACACCCCAGUCAACUGUGAAGGAAGAUGCUUUGGCCGACGUAGGACCUUGGAUUCUCACCCCCACCAUGGUUCAUCUCACGCGGUGAAAGUGUUUGGCCACCACCAUCAUGCUGACCAUGAGGCCUUGUUUCUCCUUGCAUGCUCUGGUCCAAAUGUGGACACUUCAUUUCACUGAAUUUGUCUCGCUUCAGACAGGAGAGAAUAUCUGAAGGAGUCCAUCACAUUGUGGGUGGGGAACAGAUCAGAAGUAAAUGUCGCAAGUAGAAGGAGUCUAGUCUGUCCGGGUUGGCAAAUGCAGGCUGGGAUCGGUGAUGGCCGGGCUAUGCCCUGGACACAGGCCUUUCCCGUGUCUCCCGAGAGCCCAGGGGUCGGAGUGAGAACAGCCUGGCCUGGGUUCCUCCAUCCUCGUCUGCUUACUGACAACUGUUUCUGCUAAUUAGGAGUUCCCCCACACCUCGGGCCCUUCAAAAGACCACGGGAGAACAUUGAGUCCCUUCUCCUGGGCCUCCUUUGUGAGAAUACAGUGCCUUCUGAGGUGACCAGUGGCAGGAGAUGCCUCCCCCUCCAGGGAGCACCCUUUGGAGGACUGUGAGUCAGUGCACCAUGCUGUGAGCUUGUGGGGUUCCGGCCGUGGUCCCUGCAGAACCAGACUUGAGAUGGGCUUAGUGACGGAUAUAACAGGACUGAUUCCAGGGCAGGGCUUGGGGGAGGGAACAGUGGAAAUUGAAUGUGACCUAAAACACAUAGGUGGGUGCUGGGGCUGUUACUAAAAUGGGGUGUCAGGGAGGUACCUGCCAGGAAUCGAAUUCCAGAGUAAAUGGUGGACAUGAGGCAUUUUUAAGAUGCCAUUUGUCAUCCAAGUUAGGACUUCAAAGAGGCACUCGGGUCUAAGGCCCUGGGGCUCAGGUGAAGGAGCCAGACUAGAGAUACACGUUGGGAGUCGUCAUUCUUAGCUGGUGUUCACAGACGCGCAUGUGAAUUAGAUCAUCUUGAGAGCUGCAGACUGAGGCUGAUGGGGGGCAGGGCUGUGCCUGGGUUGGAGGAAAGCCCAGACCAUGCAGCUUUCGUGUGUCCGUCUGCGGCGUUUGCGAUUUUCAAACUAAUGCCAUUUAUCCUUAAGUGGCCGGGGGUUGGGCAGGGCCAGCCUGGAAGAAAUCUGAAAGGAGGUUCGUGGCCACGUGUGUGUCUUGGGAAGACGCAGAUUCUGCAGGGUCCGGGAGGGUAGAUUUCUAAGAAGCUGGAGUUGGAGUGGGGAGAAAGUAGUCACACUCACCUGUGAGGGAGGGAGGGCGUCCUUGGGAGUCGCCACCCUACUGGACUCGCUUUCCAAUGAACAGAAGGCAAUCAGACAGAGGAUCUGAGGUGAGAAGAGAUGGGCACUGGGAGGGGAGCAAACCUGGAGAAUGGUGCGUGCAAAGUUCUGGAAUAGUCUCCCUGAAAAUUUGAGUUAAAAAUACCCAGACUCUUAAGAACAUUGAUAGUGACUGGGGAGGAGGCAGUUGUUUUUCUGGCCUACUAAGAGUAAUGCAUGUAUUCAGGGAUACACAGAAGAUUCGGGCAGUCUUUUCCAGGGGUUUGAUCCUUACCAGGGGGAACACUGCAAGUUUAAAGGGGGAGAAGGGCAGCGGAGGGAAGCUAGUCAGUCCCCGUGUCAGGUACCAGACGGCAGCCCUACUUGCGUGUUGCAUUCUCAUCCAUGCCUCCCAGUUGGGCGAUGGCAGCUCCCUUUUGCGGAUUGGGAAGCCUUCUCAGAGGGGUUAAGGAAUUGGUCCGUUUAGCGGCUAGUCAAUGCUGUAGCAGGAUUCAAGCAGGGCCUUGUCAGACUUCAAGGGCAUGUUCUCUCUACUAAUUCCGGUACCUCUCUGUUGUACCUGGAUUGGUGAAUUGGGUCAGUUUUGGAGCCUUUCACAAAAAAUACGAUUUAAGUGUCUCAGGACAGUUUCACAAAGCUCAGUGUUCUUUGAUGGUUCAGAAGCACCGCAGUGCUUUUCGCCACACAGAGGUAAGGUCUUACUCCUUGCCGAUGACGUGGUUGCAAAUGACGUACAGGUGCAAAACCAGACUUAGGAGCUUCUGAAGGGAAACUCUCCAGUUCUCCCUUGUUCGGCUUUCUUCCACGGGAUGUAACUGCUGCAGCAUAGGCCUGAGCUUUCCAUAUGGAGUGAGGGUUUGAUAACCAAAGUUAGCAUAAAACGGUCAGAUGAAGAAAAUCGACGUUGACAAUUUAUUUUUGGGUUACAUUAGUGAAGAUAUUCUAUCAGUUAAUGACCCAUAUAUCGAAUGAAAUUGAGUACAGAACAUUGCAAUUCUUACUUUCUAUUUAGAGUUCUCUUACAGAGUAAGGUUGCCUGCUUUGGAACAUCAGCUCCACCACCACGGCACCUAUCAGUGUGUUGGUGUGAUUGCAUUUAUGCAGUCAAUGUAAUCUGGGCUUCCUCAGCCCCAAACACUCCAGUGCAGAAUCACGGGCUGUAGCCAUCUCUUAGUCACGCAAAUACUUCUAAAAUUAUAUGAUGCCAGAAAAGAAAGAAGAGGGAGAGAGAGAUUGCCUUUAUCAAAGUUCCUUUCUAUUCUAACUGCAAACUGUUGUUGAACAGCUCUGGUUUCCUUUGGAUAUGAAUAUAUACAUUUCUUUGCAUGUAACCCGGGUUUUGGACUAGAACACCAAGCUCUUGCUGUCCACAAGCCACAAAAAUAGUAGCCAAAUUGCACAGGUGCAAAAUAGUUUAUACUUUUUUCUGAGAAAGAAUCCUUGAAUUUGGGACUUGGGCUGUGAUUUUUGCUUUUUGCUUCCCCCACCCCUCUUGUAAUCUCUCACUCCUUCCCACGUGGCCCCCAAGAGUUCGUGGUUUCAAAGGAGUGGGCAAACACCCAGUUGGUCACCAUGUACUGUUGCUAUAGAUGGAGCCAUGCCAAGACCUAAAGGACAUUAUCAGAGAGGACUUCCUGGAAGAAAUGGGCUCUACAUUCAAUCGUGAGGACAGAAAGUUGGUCUCUUCUCUGCAAUUCCACCCUGGCAGAUGUGAUGGUGGUCAGCGUGCUGGUGGGCAGUCAUUUGGGGACUCCCAGGAGCCAUGCUGAUUCUCCUGAAUCUCUCAAUCGGGGUUACAGAACAGUCGAGAACCGAAGGAAGCCCAUUCACGUGAGGAAGCCCCGUAUGCAUAAGCAGAUAUUUCCAUCUUCCCCAUCGUCCCCCAGCCCCAAUGAGCCACUCUUCUCUCUCUGUGGAUUUGCCUGUACUGGACAUUUCAUUUAAAUCGAGUCACUUCAUUACGUUUUGGUUACUGAGACCCUCGAAUUCCCAUAUGAAUUGUAGCAGCAGCUAGUCAGUUACUGCAGAGGAGCCCACUGGGAUUAUGAUCGAGACCACGUUGAAUAUAUGGAUCGCUCUGUGGAGCACUGACAUUCCAAGAGCACUGUCAUCUGAUCCAGGAAUGUGCGUGGUGUGUCUGUCCAGGUGCCCUCACCUCCAGUGGCAUCCAUCCAGACACCAGCACUGACACUGGCCGUGCUCAGAACUGCCUCAGCCCUGAAGAUACAACUGACAAAUAGAAGGGGGCCAUGCCCUGUUACAGCAGGUGCUCUCAAUUUGUGGGUCCUUAUGUAACUGUGCGUUGUUAUUCAGGAUCGCCCAUUCUACAUUGUGUGACGCUGCUGCGGUGUCUCCUAGUUAUUUAUUUAUGAACCUCUGUACAGUUUUCCCCAAUGGCUCCACCAAACUGCAUUCCCACCACAGUGCAGGAGGGUUCCCAGUUCUCCGUAGCCUCUCCAGCAUUUACUGUCUGUGAACUUCUGAAUGAUGGCUAUUCGGAUUGGUGAGAGCAUUCCUAGGAGAGAAUUCAGCAGUGCAGCAUCCUCUCCGAGCUCUAUGAGUUGAUCGGCUUCCACCGCAAGUCCGCCUUCUUCAAGCGGGUGGCCCCCGUGCAGCGCGCGGCCCCCGGCAUCCCGGAGCCUGGCGGGAAGGUCUUCUCCCGACUCCUUCUGCAGACGCUUCCUGGCUACAGUCUGUCGCGGGAUCUGCAGGACUUCAGCAAAGGUGUUGGAACUAAAACAUUGCUUCAGUCCCAUUAACCCUGCCUGGUUUGGGCCCUGCUGUCCUGUCUCAUCAGGGUGAAUUCUGAUUCGUUUAGAAUAGGGCUCAGCAGACUUUUUCUGUCAAGAGCUUGGGAGUAAAUAUUUCAGGGUCUGCAAACCUCCUGAUCUCUGGUGCAGCUGCUCAGCUCUGCUGUUCAGACGCCAGAGCAUCCGGACAUUCCACACACCCACAGAGCUUUAUUAACAGCGGUGUCUGGGGCUGGAUUCAGUGUAUGAACUGCAGUUUGUCCCCACAGCCUCCUCACUAUUGACGCCUGCACCAGAGCGUGCAUUUGCGACAAUGGGUGAACCUGCACUGACACGUCAUCAUCACCCAGAGCCCAGACUUGACACUAGGAUUUACACUUGGUGGUGUGCACUCUGUGGGUUUGGACAGAUGUGAAAUGACAUGUAUCCGCCGUCACAGCAUCAUACAGAGUAGUCUGUCUUAGUGACCUUAAAAUGCUCCGUGCUGCACCUCAUUCAUUGCUCCUUCCCCUCUAGCCUCUGACAGCCACUGAUCUUUUACUCUCUUUGGUGUUCCCUUUCCCAGAACACCAUACAGUUGGAAUCAGACAGUUGCGGAACCUUCCCAGAUUGGCUUCUUUCACUUAGUAAUAUGCAUUUAAGGUUCCUCCAUGUCUUUUCCAUGCCUUGAUAACUCAUUUCAUUUUAGCACUAAAUAAUAGUCCACUUUCUGGCUGGACCACAGUUUAUCCAUUCACCUACUGAAGAAGAGCUUAUUUGUUUCUGAGUUCUGGUGAUUAUGAAUAAAGCUGCUAUUAACAUCUGUA